UGUGGCCGCCGGCCACGGCGUCUUGACCUACGUUAUCUAUUACCUUUCUUCGUUUACUCAUGACUUGUUGUAAGUUUUUGUCUUUACUAUAUAUUGCCUUACUGUCAAGUGAUCCAUUUAACAUGCUGACGUGGAAUGCUAAAACCUCUAUGAAUUCUACUGGAAAAGAUUCUAACACUGGAAAAGACACAAACGCUUCGAGCACCGAGUUCGUUUCUCUAGCGACUCUGAGGGAGAUGCUCCAGAUGCAGGAACGGAUGUUUAAGAACAUGUUUGAGUCGGUUCUGUCUUCUGUAAAUCCAAGAAUCGACAAGGUUGUCAAAUCUGUCGCGGAACUAAAAGCGAGCCUAGAAUAUUCACAACAAGAUAUUGACGACUUGAAGGAAGCUGCAGACUCCAUAGACGAAAUGGAAGAAGAACUUGAUGACAUCCAAACAGGGUUACAUAAACAAGAAGAAAAAUUGGUAUACCUUGAGAACCAAAGCCGUAGAAACAAUGUCCGCAUCGAUGGAAUCCCCGAACAACACAACGAGACCUGGCUGAAUACUGAAACAAAGGUGAAGGAAGUACUACAGGAGAAACUAAACCCGAGCUUUGAGCCGAUGAUCGAGCGAGCGCAUCGCACCGGAGCAAGACCAAGAUCAGGUGCUGCUGAUGAUAUCAACACACGCCCAAGAACCAUUGUGUGUCGUCUGCGCGACUGGAGGCAGAAGGAUGAUAUUCUUAGAGCCGCCCGAAGGAUAAAACCAUCUGGUAUAUUUGUGAAUGAAGAUCUCGCAAAUGAGACCAUGGAAAAGCGGAAAAGGCAGGUUGAUGAGCUGAAUGCGGCAAAAAGAGCCAGGAAGACGGCAUACUUCGUGUUGGACAGACUUGUUAUAAAGGAAAGACGUAGUGCAGAGCCCAGCUAAGUUUAUUUACUAAAUAACGAUAA